GCGACGUGUCCCGGCUCAGUGACACGGGUAAGACGACGUCUGAUACGAAACGACCGCUGUCACUUUAUCUGACGUGAUGGCAGCAGACAUUGGCGGGCUGUUUGUUCGCCGACCAGCGUGUUAAAUAUACUAUUUACUACUAUCCUUAAAAGGGCAUCCAAACGUCAGGGGGGAAGAUGGCGGAGGCCGGAGCGGCGACACUUCUGCACCGAUUCUUCUGUCACUGCUGUAAGCGUGAAACACAGCCCACACUCCCGGACUUUGUCUGCCCGAGUUGCAAGUCCGACUUCAUUGAGGAGGUAGCAUACGACUCCAGACUCCUGGAGAACAGCCCAUCAGAGAGCAGUGAAGAUUCCAACACAUUGUUCUCAGAAUUAUGGCAGCUGCUGUUUAUGGAGCGCUCCGCUCUGCUGUCGCACCCGCCGUCCUCAGAGUCUGAACUUGACGACAGCGAGCAGUUACUUAGCGGCCAAAGUCGCCUCCCUCUAGUAUCACCAGGCAAUGCUGAGGUCAGAGAACUACAGUUGCUCUACCAGCCUGAGGAGGAGAGGUCACCCCGGCCUGAACAGAGGCCUGAAGUGGAAGGGUGUGUGACAUGGAUCGUGGAGCAGUUUUUGGCCGACCUGUUUACGAGCAACAGAAACCCGGGUGCUGCACCAGUUGCCUUUUCCAGCAUGCUGCAGUUGUACUCCAACCCAGCAGAUUAUGCGUGGGGUCAGGGAGGCCUGGACACAGUCAUCACAGAGUUGUUAGGACAGUUGGAGAACACAGGUCCACCCCCUGCUGAGAAGGACAUGAUCUCAUCCCUGCCCACAGUUUGUAUCUCUAAAGAGCAAAAAGAGUGCAGACUGGAGUGUACAGUUUGUAGGGAGGAGUAUUCAUCUGGAGAACGUGUCAAGAAGCUGCCGUGCCUCCAUUACUUCCACAGUGAAUGUAUAGUACCUUGGUUAGAGCUGCACGACACCUGCCCAGUGUGCCGGAAAAGCCUGGAAGGUGUGGACAACAGCCUGCUCCCCCAAGCGUCACCGUCUCCAGAAGGUCGCUUCAUCAGCACAGAGCAUCAGUAGAGGCAAGCCAUCUAAAAAUUCUCUACCUCCUUGAACUGUCACUUCUUUUGCACAUCUUUGCCAAGGAGUCCUUGUUUCCUACACACCACAUUGCUCAGCAGUCAUCUAACACAACGACAACAAUAAAGCGCUCGUAUUUCCAAGUGCAGCCAGUUUUUACGAUUCCUGGAUUUCACAGAUUGGCAAUUAAGACUUAUCAAUGAUGACUUUGGAUAAGACAGGAACAUUGCCCAUAUUUUCCACCUGAUCUCAAGCAGAAUCACACUCUUCUGUUUGUAAAGCAAUUAUUAAAGUAACG